AACCCGAAUAUUUUCUUCAAAGCUUAUUUACGACGUUUCUCAUUGUCUAUGCUGUAGAUACGCAUCCCGAGCGAUACAUACGGUGUUAAAGCUUUUAGUGACAAAUGUGUAGUAAAAAUGAAGGAAAACGCCGUACUUAAGUGGCAAAAAGUGUACAAUCCUACCGGCCCGCAACCACGACCUCGCCAUGGCCAUCGCGCGGUCGCCAUAAAAGAUUUGAUGAUAGUUUUCGGCGGCGGAAACGAAGGGAUAGUUCAUGAGCUUCACGUCUUCAAUACCACUACAAACCAAUGGUUCGUACCUGUUACUAAGGGAGAAGUACCACCAGGAUGCGCUGCGUACGGCUUCGUGGUGGACGGAACGCGUCUCCUCGUUUUUGGCGGCAUGGUGGAGUACGGCAAGUAUUCUAAUGAUCUGUACGAGUUACAAGCCUCACGGUGGGAAUGGAAGCGUCUCAAGCCCUUACCUCCCAAGCAGGGUCUCCCGCCUUGUCCCCGCCUCGGUCACAGCUUCACACUUCUAAAUGGAAAGGUAUACCUAUUUGGUGGAUUAGCCAAUGAGAGCGAUGACCCUAAGAAUAACAUCCCAAGGUACCUAAAUGACUUGUAUACCUUAGAGCUUUACCCUAAUUCUUCUAUGACAGUAUGGGACAUACCUCUGACCUAUGGUCAGUCGCCGCCGCCACGCGAAUCUCACAGUGGUGUGGCCUACACGGACCGAAACAGUGGGAAAUCUUCUCUAAUAAUAUAUGGUGGUAUGAGUGGCUCGCGUCUGGGAGACCUCUGGGUGCUCGACGUGGACAGCAUGUCCUGGUCCCGCCCUGAAGUUGGUGGGCCACCCCCUUUACCCCGCUCUCUGCACACUGCAACAGUCAUUGGCCAUCACAUGUAUGUCUAUGGUGGCUGGGUACCACUCGUCCCAGACGAGUCUAAACUUGCCACUCAUGAAAAGGAAUGGAAAUGUACUAACACACUGGCUUCACUGAACCUAGAGUCUAUGACAUGGGACAACAUCGCUUUGGACAAGUUUGAAGAGUGUGUUCCUCGAGCUCGAGCAGGACACAGUGCUGUUGCCAUUCAAACUAGACUAUAUAUUUGGUCAGGAAGAGAUGGAUACCGGAAAACUUGGAACAAUCAAAUCUGUUGCAAGGACCUGUGGUAUCUGGAGGUUGGAGUACCACCACAGGCAAAUCGUGUGGCCCUUGUCCGUGCAGGAACUACUUCAUUAGAACUGUGCUGGCCAGCAAUGAACACAGUAACUACAUUUUUGCUGCAAGUACAGAAAUGCGGGAAAGUCACUCCUGCGCGUUUCCCAACUGCUGCGGAGCCUUUGGCCGCGCCACCACCAGCAUCGCCUGUAGCCAGCCAACCCGAUGCUAGUAAGGCGUUUGGUAUCACGUCACCUGUCGCUAGCGGCCUUCCCCCAGCAGCGGAGCCCGCUCGUGCGACACCUACAGUUGCCUCCCCGGCACCGCCACCCAUCACAUCAACACCUCAGAAGAUUGUUCCGACUCCUAUCAAGGUACCAGCUCAAGCUGCAGUCAAAAUCACACCUAACACCCCAACAAUCAAACAAGCUACUUAUCAAGCAAAGACAGUGGUAAAAUCUCCUGCAACAGCGACGGCGGGCUCAUCGCAACAGAUCAAGGUCGCCGCCGUGACGCCAGGCGUCACUAGGAUUGUGAGUGGGGUCGGUACACCUAGCACCGUACGUGUCUCCACCUCGCAGCCUAACACGCAGAUCGUGUUGAGUUCUGCCACAGCUGGCGGCGGAUCCACGCCGCGCUUCGUUCAAGUAAAAACGGGCACAAGUGGGGCUGUACCAGUCAAACUUGGAGCGGGCAACAUGCCAGUGAAACUUGCCGGUAAUGCCUUAAAAAUAGGUACUGCAAACAUCCAAGGCAAGAUUACUACAAACAGCGUACAGAAAGUUGGCCAAGUAGGCGGUACAAACGUACCGUUGAAACUAGGCGCAGGUAACGUUAAAAUAGGUACAAGCAAUGUGCUGGUGAAGACAGCUGGCGGUGUUCCCAUCCAAGCUGGAGUAGCUAAUCUUCAGACAAAAGUAGCGGCAGGAGUGCCUGUGAAACUUGGUGCAGGCAACUUGCCCGUCAUAGCGAGCAGCGGUGGCGCGAUACAGAUCGCCGGCAGUGCGCUCGGUGGUCAGCAGGUUAAGACGCCUGUCUACAAGAUCGUGACCGCAAAGUCUGGCGACCAAACUGCGACGUCAACUACGAGUGCAGUAGCGGGCGGCGCCACUGUACUGCGGCAGGCAGGCGGCAACGCCGGCAUACCAGUUAUAAUCAAGAAAACGCCCGGCGCGAAUGCGCAAUCAAGUAAUGCUCCACAAUACGUGACGCUGGUGAAAACUUCAACUGGCAUGACAGUAGCGACCAUGCCCAAGGUGGCUAUGAUGCAGAAUCGGCCGACAGCGCCAGCGACGGCGGCGCAGGCGCAGAGCAUUGCGCCCGGCGCCACCAUCGUAAAACUGGUAUCGACGAACACGGUCGGCGGCAACAAAAUCAUAACGCUGCCGUCUAACAUGCUGCAGCUGGGUAAGUCAGGCGUGGGCGGCAAGCAGACCAUAGUGAUCACCAAGUCUGCGAACCAGGCAGCGCAGUCCAACCAGCAACAGUGAGCGCCGCGCGCCGCUGGAGUGACGAGUAUUCUCAGAGUGCCCUUAGCUAGCCGUGAGCGGUGUGUGCGGCCAGUGCGUGACUGACGAGUAUGCAGAGAGGUGUCUCUAGUUUGUAAAUUUCAAUAUUAAAAACACUGAGUGCGUUUCUCGAACUACAGUAUAUUCUAAAUCAUAUUGAAUAUAGUAUAUGAGUCUUUUAUAUGUUAAAUGGGUCUGUGUAGAAAAUGUCCUCAUAGAGUUUUUACUAAAAUAUUUUAUUUACUCUUAUAAAUUAAUUAUAUUAAUGUAUGUGACUACACACCAAUUCCUAGAUUCAAGUUGCAACCUGUGCCCGCAAGCAGACUAUGAACGUGAAUGAAAUACCAUGAGUUUCCAAUCAAGUUGGCCCAAUAGGAAUUUACACUUAAGUGCCUGUUGUGCAGUUGUGCUUAGAUGUUGUACUGGACAAGGUGUUUGUGAAGUAGACUUAUUUCUUGGCAACCACUGUCUCUUUUAAUAAUAUAAUUAUACAGAAUAUGUCAUGUUAAUUGUAAGACUUAAGUUUUAAUAAUUGUAUUAGAUUAUUUUUGUAUGUUAUUGAAAUUUGUUAUAUAAACUAUGUUUAAACAAAUUAUUUUCCAAAAAUUCAUCCUGGUUUUGUGUAAUUAAUUUGCAGUUUCAAGUUUUUUUAUUGAUUAUCCAGUACAUUGCUAUCUGAAAGCUACUAUACAAUACAUUGGACAUGGCAAGUACAAGACAUAAAUUGUUUUAAAAAAACUGUCUUCCGUGUUUUAAGUUUCCAAAGAAUCCUCUGAUUUCAGACACAGUGUGUAUGUAGUGUGCUAGAAGUUAUACAUAAUAUUUCUAUUAUAUCAUUACUCCCUGCUUGUAAUGGCCGCAUGUUUCAAAAUGCAUAUUGUUCACAAAGUGGACACAAUAGUGAUGCGGCCAUUAGGAACAUGGUGACUUGUUUCUUAGUUUUAGUUAAAUCACAACAUAGUAUGCACUAUUUAAGUUUUAUAUGACCAGCUGUUGAAUUUAAUGGCAUUUUUAUUGACAUAGUUUGGAUCAAUGGUGUAUCUUUAACUACAUUUUGUUUGCAAGUGCCGAGGCUAUUUUCAGUAUUUGAGACACCCCAUUGAUCUGAAGAGCUAACAACUUAUCAAGGGACCCAACCUCACCUACUGCCUAGGCAGUAGUAUACUUUGUUUCACUACAUUAAUAAUAGUAAAAUAUUAAAUACUGCUAGUUUUCCGAAAUACUGCUUAUUUUUCUUCUCACACUUUCUUGCUGUCAGACAAGUUGGUAGCUCUAGAGUAGUCAGCCGUCCGCCUGCGUCGCGGUGCGCCUGGACGUGUGGGGAGUCUCAACGUGUUCACGAUACGGGCACCUUCAUGUAACUAUGACAAUUAUUACAUUGAUAAAGCUAUCAAUAACUGUUCCGAAAAUAAUAAUAUAAUAUUUUAAAAUAAAAAUGCAGAAUGUUGUUUUUUGGCGGGGGAAAUUGUUCAGAGCAAAGUGAUUGGCUACUCAAGUAGUGUCAAGUUGUAUGAACAUACAUAGAUAUUUUUUAAUUGUUUUAAAUAUGUUUAACUGUUGAUCUCGUGGUAAGAAUGAUGUUCUGCGUUUUUAUAUAGUUUAGUGUAAGUGUCCUAGGUGUACGUACGUAGAAAUAAUCAUAAUAUAAUAAGGUAAGCGAGGUAUGGAAUGUAAAUAUCAUUAAGUAGAUAAAUUUAAUGUUAUAGUUUGUUCAUAUUAUUAUGUUCAUUUGCUUGAAUAAACGAUUUGGAUAAGUG